AGUGGGGGCUCGGAGCGCCACACGGUAACCACGUGUCCGCCACGACUAAAACGCCGUUGACUCGUCAAUUAAAAUUACCAUAAGAAUAAAGCCUCCCUUAAUUAGCUACCAAAAAAAAUGAAGACUCCUAAAAUGAGGCGGUAGCUUUGCUGGGUGGUUUUUUUUAAAGUGGCCAUGUUGGUGAAGAGAUGAGGAGCUCCUAACAUGGAAUGUUUACGAAACGGGAGGUUUGGGAGUGGGGGGUAAUUUGCUGCUGCAUUGAUGCGUAAGUUAAUUGUGCACUCGUAACGUUGAAUUACGGGGAGUUGAUUAACCGAAGUCAUUGGCUCUUCCGCUCGAAUAAUACAAGGAUCUUCCCCGUUCCUCCUCCUCCCCCCAUCUAUUACACGUGGUGUGAGUGUCGCGGGAUCGUGUACAGUCUUACAUACGCGCAUGCUUCGGGGACAAGUUGCAUGGACUGCAUUGUUGAAAUAAGAGUGGGUGGCUUUAAUUUAUAGUGGUAGUGUCGGGUGCUUUGCGAUAGUCUACGUAACAGCCUAUAACAUAGCUAAUUCCACAGCCUCUGUUAGCUGCUGAGUAACCAUACAUCUAGUAGCGCUUCUGCGUAGCCUGCUUGCAGUAGCUAGCCCUAAUUUAGGCUUACGCACAGCAUGCACGGCUCUGUAGCACCCACACACACACAGCAGCAGCAGCUAAAGCUCGAUGCAGUACAACCCACGUGGCCAGCACUGCUAUUUAUCCGAUCUACGGCGCAAUAGACGGUAGGCUGAACAACAACAACAGCAGCAGCAGCCAGGAAGACGUCCUGAUGCAUAGCAGAGCCAGUGGCAACAGCAGCAGCAGCCUUGCAGUGUAGCAGGGCAGCCCCCAGCGCCGGGUUCUCAAUGCGGGAGCGGGGUUUGUGCUGCGAAUGGCUGACUUCGCAGAAGCCUUCCGCACUCGAAGCCUCAUCAGCAGCCUCCUCAUCGGCAGCAGCAGCAGGAGAAUCGUCGGCCCCCCCGUGCCUUCAUCCGGAAGGGACGAAGUCGCCGCCGCCUCCGCGAUGCCUUGCUUCCCAAUCGGCGCCAACAGCAGCAGCAGUAACGGCGCGUCCGCCUCGACCACCGCGGCAGCUGCGGCUUCAACGUCGGCGGCCACCGCCGCCUCCUCCUCCUCCUCCGCCGCCGCCACCACCGCGGUCACCCCGGGCGACCUCGGCCUGGGCCACGCGGCCGUGGACUUUCCAGACGACGCCGAGCUUGCGACCGACGACGACGACGAAGACGACGAGCUGCCCAAUUUCCUCAUCACCACCAUCCUCGACGUGAUGUCCUCCGCGGAGGACGACAUUCAUAGCAGUCCUCGGCAGCGGCACGAUCAGCAGCAUCAGCAGCAGCAUUAUCAGCAGCAGCAUCAGCAGUGUGGUGGUGGUGGUGGCGUCCGGGAUGCGUCGUGGAUUGGUGUCGAAGAGCCACCGCCACCUCCCCCCCGCUGCAGUUCGUGCGAGUCCGGAGCGCGGGCCGCCUCCGAGUGCCUCGUGUGCCGCGAGUUCCUCUGCAGCGCCUGCGUGUCCGCUCAUCGGCGGGUCAAGCUGACCAAGGAUCACCGCAUGCAGCCCGUGCAGCAGCAGCAGCAGCAACAGCAGCAGCAGCAGGAGGUGAUGAUGAUGGUGCCGGUUCGAGACGGGGACGAGACGUACUGCCGACAGCACGAACGAGAGGUGGCGCGCCUCUUCUGCGACACGUGCGCCGUGCCCAUCUGCCGCGGCUGCACGCUGGCAUGGCAUGCCGGCCACAGCUUCGUGUACCUGCAGGACGCGCUGCAGGGAUCGCGCGGCGCCGCCCUGCAGCUGCUGGCAGACGCUCGCCAGGAGCGCCUAACGCUGCAGAUGAGCAUCGAGCGGGUGCAGGCGAUGGUGAAGCGGGUGGACGCCAGGAUGGAGAACAUCCGCUCGGAGGUGCGGGCCGUAGCCGAGCGGCACAAGAAAGCACUGGAGGAGCGCGAGGGGGAACUCCUCUACAAGGUGGAGAAGGUCCACGUGGCGAAGCUCGGCGUGCUGGACCGGCAGGCCGAGGAGCUGCGGCAGAGCCUGGCUCGCCUGGACGGCACGCUGCUGUGCGUGCAGCGCUCGCUGGAGCAGGGCCGCGAGCUGGACGCGCUGAAGGCGCGCGAGCUGGUGCUGGUGCGCGUGCGCGAGCUGCAGGAGAUGAAGCGGGCCGGGGCGCUGGCGCCGCGCGAGGACGACCGCGUCGUCUUCACGCCGCCCGACGGGGCGCUGUGCACGGCACUACGCGCUCUGGGCAGCGUGAGCAGCGGGGCGUGUGCUCUGCUCUCCUCGGCGGCGGGCGAGGGGCUGCAGCGGGCCGUGCGUGGCCGCGUCGCCACCUUCGCCGUGGCGCUGCAGGAUCACGGUGGGGACCCCUGCUGCGGGGGAGGGGAGGCCCUCGCCGUCGCCGUCACCGCGCCCGACGGGAGCCCCUGCUGGACCGAGGUGGUGGAGCUGCAGGACGGCACCUUCCGCGUGCGCUACCGCUCGGACCAGGACCAGGACCACCGCGUGAGCAUCACCGUGGCCGCCGCCUCCGCGACCGGCGGCCCCGCGCCCCGCUGCCACCUUCCCGGCUCCCCCUUCACCGUGCCGCUGCGCGCGGGCCGCAGCUACGCCGGCGUCGGCGUCCCCCUCCGCUGCUUCGGCGGCGAGGGCGACGCGGACGGGCGGCUGUGCCGGCCCUGGGGCGUGAGCGUGGACCGCGAGGGCCGCUUCGUCGUCGCCGACCGCAGCAACAACCGCGUGCAGGUGUUCGGCCCCGCCGGGCGGUUCCUCUUCCGCUUCGGCGCGCCCGGGGCGCGGCCCGGCCAGUUCGACCGCCCCGCCGGCGUGGCCUGCGACGACCGCCGCGACCGCAUCGUCGUCGCCGACAAGGACAACCACCGCGUGCAGGUGUUCAGCUCGCGCGGCCGCUUCCUGCUGUCCAUUGGCGAGCGCGGGCACCUGAGCGGCCAGUUCUGCUACCCGUGGGAUGUCGCGGUGAGCCCCGAGUCGGCCGGCGGCGGCCUCAUUCUCGUGUCGGACACGCGCAACCACCGGGUGCAGCUCUUCUCUCCCGACGGCGUCUUCGUCAACAAGUACGGCCUGGAGGGCGGCAUGUGGCGGCACUUCGACUCGCCGCGCGGCGUCGCCUUCAUGCCCGACGGCCACCUCCUCGUCACCGACUUCAACAACCAGCGGCUGCUCGUGGUGCGGCCCGACUGCGGCUCGGCGCGCUUCCUCGGCUCGGAGGGCUCGGCACCGGGCCAGUUCCUGCGGCCGCAAGGCGUGGCGGUGGACGCCGAGGGCCGCGUGAUCGUGGCCGACUCGCGCAACCACCGCGUGCAGAUCUUCGAGCCGGACGGCAGCUUCCUGUGCCAGUUCGGGGGGCCCGGCAGCGGCCUCGGCCAGAUGGACCGGCCGUCGGGCAUCGCGAUCACGCCCGACGGUCUCAUCGCCGUCGUCGAUUUCGGGAACAACCGCGUGCUGGUGUUCUAGCCCGCCUUUUGACGCGUGGCUCCCGUUUUUGGUAACGUAAACCCCCAGAAUCGGCGCUCGCCAACCUUGACGGGCUAGGCUGGGGGGGCCUUGUCGCCUGGUUCGUCUCCCCCACGCGAGAGUUUUAGUCCCUUCUCCGUAGCUCCGUUUUAAUGAUUUAUAUAACAAAAAAAAGCUUUUAAAAUUCCUGCGGCGUGUCGCCGACGAGGAUCAGGAUUGGACUCGAGUUGCUCGGGGCUGACGGUGACGUCGAAGUAACAACGUCGAGAGAGCAAAAUUAUUUCUCUCGACCGUCGCUCCCCAACGGUUUCUUUUCACCGUCGGUUCGUGGCGUGCCGGCGCUCCUCCCCGUCCACGCCGUCCGUCUUAAACAAACAUCGCAUCCCCCCGUCCGUCCGUCCAUCCAUCUGUCCGUCCGUCUUUUCCGACCGUUGAACACGCGACGACGCUCCUGCUUUUCCGCCCCCCCCCCCCCCCCCCCCAUUGCUCCUCCGACGGACUUUUUGACGGCACCGCACCCAACAGGGCUGUCUCGCCCGUUACCGAGCGUUCCUCAGGGUUGUUUUUAAUAAUUACCGAUCUUUAGCGUUUGUUAUUGCCCCCCCCCCUUCCGCCGGUGUAGCCUCACGCAAUGCAAUAAGCGUCGAUGGCGCGCUACUGGGUUCAACUUUAAAAAACCGCUCGACGGGUUUGUACGGUGGCCGCCAAUAUUUUGCCGCACGCGCUCGCGCGCCGUGCCACGUUCGCUUGCAGAGCGGGGGACUACGCGUGCGUGUGUGUACGAGCGAGAUUUGUGUGCAAGGCGGGCGCCGGUGCGUCCUCCCUUAUUCGGGGGGGGGGGGGGGGGAGUGCUCUCUACAUACCUCUGCGUGACGACGACGCAUUGUUGUCACGGUGACGACGUCGGUGUCGUCACGUGCGCUUUCGAAAAACCCCAUGGAUGACCUCCCGCGUGCCAGGCGAGGAAGUUAACGUCUCGCGACCGUGGCGCCUCAAAUGGCGGGCACGGGUGGAGGGUGGGCUUGGGGAGGCCCCUCGCCACCCAAACCCCCCCACCCACCCCACCCACCCCACAUAACGAGUCUGAUCCCUUGGCACGAUUCCUCUCGUUCCGUCCAUGUCCUCCGUCGAUUCCCCCGUCGGGUGACGGAGAGUUGCCGGGAUUUCGAGCGUCCGUUCCCAGCAGCGUUGGCGUGGGCCGGGGGGACUGGCGGCGCCAAGCACCCCGUCACCCCGACUCUAAUGAAAGCGUUUUCAGCGCUCAACGCGCCACGCCAAACGCCGCCCGCCCGCUCGCUUGCGCGACAGAGGCGUCCGAUUUUGAGCUCCCGUCGGCUCCGCGGUGCCGGGCGGAUGAAUAGACGCGGUUGUCCUUUUCCCCCCCCGUUAAACAUAAAUUAGCUUUUGGUCGUUAAGCCUCCGGGGCCUUCUGGUGGAGCGGCGCUCCCCCUGCUCGCUGUGCCCCCCCCCGCCCCCCCCGCCGCCCGUGUAAACGACCAGGCACACCCCCGCGGCAGCGUCGUUGAACGGGGGGCCGUACCCUGCCGAUGAGACCCAUAAAAUGUAAUCCGACGCUCCUUUUGCCCGAAAAUAAGCGAAUUGCUGAGCCUGCGUGGCUGGGUGUGCCGUCCGGGGGAGUGUUCGUCGCCCACAAUCCUCCGCGUGGCCGGCGUCAACGUUGGCGACGUCCACUGUUAAACGCCGUCUCUCGAGAGCGCGAGAGGGCUCCGUGGCCAUUGUACAGCCCCCCCCCCACCCCACCCCCGCUCGGCCCCGCUGGGGGUGCCGUUCUCGUUGGGGGGUAGGGGUUCCUUGCGUGACCGGCAAAGCGGACGAGUGUCGCAAUUGUUCUCCGUCCUUGGACUUGGGAUGGUGUAAGCACUUUGGCAGCGGUGUGUUUGGUGGACUGGCGUGCGGCCCCUUAACUAAAGGGAGGGGGGGGGGGUUUGUUCGAGGGAUCGAGAGAAUAUUUCUCGGCUUUUGCUCGCUUACAUUUUAUAAACUGGAGACUUUGAGACAUUUCACGAGAUAAAGCCAAAGAACAAAAGCGGACGAAACGCGUUUUUUUAUCGCCGCCUCUUGCUAUUGUCGACUGCAGACGUUGAAGAUGGGGUGAGGCACAGGGAGACCCCCCCCCCUCAACCCCCCCCCCCAACACGCGAGAGGGUUGAGAGAGCUGUGUAUGUUGUGUGGCGCUCUGCGUGGCUUGUGUUGGCGUCUGGGGGGACGAGACGACACGUGGGCGGACGGGGGGGCGGGUGUCUCCUUUCGGAUCCUAAGAAAUUAGAUUUUUCUAUGAAACUUUGCUUUGUCGGUUACGUACCCGGACAUCCUUGGGUGGUCUCCGGUAUCGAACUUUUGUCGCUCGCCUGGUAUCGAACCGCAGCAGCAUCUCAGGGAAGUGCCGUGCGUCGCCGCGUUGACGGACGGCGCCUGUGGCGGCGACGGAGGUGGCAGCGGGGCGCCCUCUUCCCCCGUUCCCUUCGUCGUCCGCGGCUACAAGCGGGGGGGGGGGGGGUACGGGCUCGCGGCACCUUCUCGUUGGUUUACAGCUCGCCCACGUGGCCCUCGCCGACGGUCUUGCGCCAUUGGCCGCUCAGCCACAUGGCGCCGUGGCCAUAGGUAAGGGGGGGGGGGGUGCACCGCCCCCCCCCCCCCUCCGUAUUCUCACAGCGCGAUCUGCAAUUUGCUUUUUCAGGGCAUCCGAUUCGCGGUCAUUUUACUGUAGUUCCAAAAGGCAUUAUUACCUCUCUACCUCACUUGUUAAUUUUUUGUUUAUUAUAGAAAUUUUUAAGCGCAAUUGUUUUUUUUUUUUUACAAAUACCUCACCGUUUCGUUGGAUGAAUAUGAAAUCCUCUCUCCUCGUCACCCACACCCCCACCCCGACCCCACAAAAAUAGGUUUGACCUUGUGGAAUAAUAUUUAGACGUAAGUCGCAACUCGCGCGUGUAGAUUUCUCGUCGUGGUUAACUGUCGUCGUCGUCGUUAUUUUGUUGCCGUCGCUGCCAAACUUUCCCCGAGGGGCAGCGGAAACUUCCGCAGUGAAUGAAUGUAGCGUGUCGCGGUGUGGACAAAAUAUGCAAUAGGGAGGAGGGGAUGGGAGGGAGUUCUCUCGUGUCGUGCUUCCACAGCCAGACACUGCCAAGAUGCAGCCGCGAGUCACGCCGGACGUCCGCCAGCGCCGCCCCCCCCGGUGUUAUUUUGCCGAGCGUUGCCGGAAUCGCAAUUUGAGGGUGUCGCCGUCGGUGUGGCGAGCAGGGUUUCGUGGGCCUAGCCAGGCCUUGAUUUGGCUGUGGGCUUAGCCACCCAGCUCGCGUUGGUCACCGUGUGCGCGGUCCCGUCCGGUCAAUACUCCCCAACUAGGCCGGAGGCCGGAGGUCGGCGUGAAAGCACAAAGUGGGGGGGUGGGGAGGGGGGGGUCGCAUCUUGAGUAGCGGGCACGCGUCCGGCUGAUGUGAUCGAUUAAAGCCGUGUGACCCCCUUGGGGCUCGUCGGUGUUUACCCACGCGGUGUGACCUCGCACACGCUCUCUCUCCUAUUGGGUGGGGGUAGCCAUCGUUCACGACUCGGCUGUGGGCUCGCGACCCGGGCCGUGGCUCGCGACCCCGGCCGUGGCUCUCUGACCCCGGCCGUGGCUCUCUGACCCCGGCCGUGGGCUCGUGACCCCGGCCGUGGGCUCGUGACCCCGGCUGUGGCUCUCUGACCCCGGCCGUGACUCGCGAACCCGGCCGUGGCUCGCGACCCCGGCCGUGUUGCUCGCGACCCCGGCCGUGUUGCUCGCGACCCCGGCCGUGUUGCUCGCGACCCCGGGCCGUGUUGCUCGCGACCCCGGGCCGUGACUCGCGACCCCGGGCCGUGACUCGCGACCCCGGCCGUGGGCUCGCGACCCCGGCCGUGGGCUCGCGACCCCGGGCCGUGGGCUCGCGACCCGUGGUCAAGGAGGCGACGUGGCAUCUGCACGAGGUGGAGGGUGGUGUGUAGGGUGGAGCGUGCGUCGAGGGCGGCGAGAACGAACCUGAAUGUGCUCUGGCAUGAAAACGGCAUCGUCAGCUCCGUGCUUCCUGCCCCGUGAGUUAAAGUCGGCGGCUUUAUUUCCACAGCCGAUACGGUUUUUUAAAAAACUCAAAAAAAAAUGUUGAUGAAAUUGCCAAAGCGCGCGUUAGCUGCAAACGGCAGCCCCCUGGGGUGGGGGGGAGGGGGGGGGGGUUAAUUUGUGCAGAACUCAUCGAUGCCCCUGCUUGGAAGGGUGCAGGGAAACUUGCCGCGGUCGUUGUAAGUUAAAUUGUUUAUAAAGGAAUAUAUCGAAAUGUUUUAAGACCAAAGGAGGGAACGUGUCUCGUGGGUUUUGUGUUUUUAUAUAAUAAUAAUAACGGCGUAAUCGCCAGUAGAUUAUUUUGAGAGUUAGGCGGCGAAAGUGUUUGUCAAAACAUACCAAAGUGUUCUUCCCAUUUUUAUUAUAACAACUUAAUGAUUUAACUUAAAAGGUUUGUGUGUGUGUCUUGAAGAUAAUUUAAUGACCCCCCCCCCCCCCCAAUGCUGCAUUAAAUGACUUUGUGUGCGUUUUUUUUUAAAAGUUAAGACUGAAAGCCAACAACUGUGCUCUGUUCGCCAUUUUAUUCAACUUUUUUUUCCUCUCUUAAGGGUUACAAACCAAGGCUCUAACAAAGCAACACUCAACACGAGUAGAGAGAGAGAGAUUUCUAAACGGCGUGUGCUCUCAUCUCUCCUCAUUCUCUCUCGGCUCUCCUUUCGUCAUCGUCAGAGAGCGUGGACGCUGUGGACCGCCCGUUAAAAAUGAACUCUCCCCAACCCGGUCUGUCCCAGCAAAACCUCUCGGCUGCAGGCAUCUAUCGCCGCACGCGCUUCCACAAAAGCAGUCCCCCCCCCCUGCCCCCCCCCCCCCCGCGUCGAGAUCCGCCCGAGCAUUAAUUCUCACCUAAAGUGUGUGGACACGCUUCUUCUUGGCGCUUCUAAAGCCUCUCGUGCUAUCGCUCCCCCCCCCUCCCCCCUUGAUUAUUCGCGUGCACCGUUAAAACCUGUUAUCGUUCAUCCGUUUGGUGUUGGUGUGUCCCCCCCCCCUCCCCCCCCCCCCGGGGGGGGGGGGGGCCCUUGUUGCGCUGGAUCCUCCGUUGACACGCACGGGAAGUGGUGGGAGCGGUUGUCUCCGGAGUGUCCUUCCGGAACGACGUUGGCAUCGUGGACCAAACCCCAUCGCCCCUCGUCACCAAAUCGCAACCGACCAAAAUCUGCAUCGUUGCAGGGAAACACAUGACCACCUACCCCCCCCCCCCCCCCCACGGCGUUUUUGCCGAGGUGGAGGUGGGGGAGUUAAUGGUGGAGAUGUUGCCACAUCUUCACCUAAAAGUGUUCUUUAACUUGCCAAGAAGCGCGUUAAUCCGGCCUGUGGGGUAAGGAGGGUGGGGGGGGGGGGGUUUCAUAAAUUGUUCUUGGAUUGCAAACUCCAAUCGUUCGCGUGGUAGUCCGUGCUUGAGGUUCGCAAGCGGGCGUCCUUUGCGUGCAUGCCGAUAGCGCGUUCCCGUGCCUCCGCCUCCGCUGUCGUCCCAUCGGGUGCUCCUCCCGGAUUCUCGAAGCCAGAAGAAGCGUUACACAAACCUCGUUGACGGAUACGUGUCCCUGUCCCCCCCCCCCCUCCCCCCCCCAAAUUCUCCAACUCAGUAUUUUCUACAAUUGACCGAAUGCUGCUCGUGGUUGUUGUUUUUUUUUUUGGGGGGGGCGGGGGUUAUUUUUUAAGCCUUGGUAUUUAUAAUCGCAGUCGCCGCAAAUGUCUCUCUGUGUACCCAAAGGGAACGACGCUUAGAAUUGAGUUCGGGGCAAUGCUUUGGAAAGGGCCCCCCCCCCUUCCGCUGUUUGCAUUUCACGAGGCUGUCAUUGUUGAGCAACUUUUUACGUAACUGCAAGUGAACACAUUACAAGUGCCCUUUGUGAACUAGUCGUGAAACCUGACUUAAUUGUUCGUGAGGUCUACAUAUAUAUUAAGCAGUUUUUUUUUAAAGGUUUUUUUGUGCGUUUGUUUUUCUUAAAAAGAAUAAAGAUUUUAAUCUUAA